GAUCUCACGAUGGGUCCCGUAUCGCAUCCGAUACAGCGAAGGAAUCGACCAUCUCUACCGACUUCUGCAGCUACUACUUGUACCUACUUCAUGGCCUCUUCUCUUCGAGCUACACUCAUCGCCAUGACCAUCAACAUUCUCGGUGUUAUCGACGCUAGCCCAUUCCUGGAGAGACUAGCUAGCUGCUCACCCAAUACCGACCUCGUCAUACGGACCAGCGAGCUCUCCCAGUUCACUCGGCCCAUCCUGCAAUGUCUCGUCAGCGCGAUAGACUAUCCCUGGACCGUCAUCGCCAACGCUACCACGCAAUUGGAACAGAAGACGAUCUCGCAUCGGGUAUCUAGGAUGAAGAUGAGAGCCUAUGUCGGAGCGUAUGGCCAUUUAAGCAGAGAAUGGAAAUGUUCAGGUUGUUCGGACAAGCCGUUCUGUCUAAGAGGCACGCCAGACCUAGAAGCUCAACAAUGGCCAUCGGCUUUCUUGAGCUGUACCGGAUGUCUGAGAGGAAAGAGACCAUGUCACGACAAGAUACACGACCUGCCAAUCAGCCUGACGACGGUCAGAGCCCUGGACGCCCUUUUCCAGAAAUCGGUAAAUCAGAUUUUCGACGACAAGGAUGAGCCUGUCACGUCGGCGCAGGAAUAUUAUAGAUGGAAGAUCGGGAGCGAGGAAGAAGAAGAAGAUCUGGGAGACGAGGAGAUCAAGUUUUUGGUGAACGAGACGCUGAGUGCAGUGUGCUGGACCCGAGCCAAAGCGGAAGCUCACGGAGAUGUCGAGUACAAGAUACGCUUGGCUACUUCCUGCAGCAGUGGCGGGAUCGAGCUCGAUUUCCCGUUCGCUUCGUCAGGGCAAGCGCACGAAGACAUCGAGGCUGUGGAGGUGCAGAUGCAGAUCGAAGCAUCUGGGGAAGGGGUCGACAGCGCCGGACCUGUAGCAAGAGAUGACGUUGGUACCGGAGAGGAUCGUACGUUGGCAGCCCGGUUCAAACACUUGGUCGAUCUCGACUGACUUGUCUCGUCGAACCGAAUCGAAUCAUAGCGCAAAUGGACCCUACCUUGUUA